AUGUCAAAUUUGAAGUUGUUAGAAUUAUCUGACAAUUCAUUGGCUUUGGAAUUUAGCCAAAAUUUUGCCCCAUCUUUUCAAUUGGCUUAUAUAAGAUUGAGAUCUUGCAAGUUAGGUCCAACUUUUCCUAAAUGGUUCCAAACACAAAAUGACAUUGAAAUUCUUGACAUUUCUAAUUGUGGAAUAUCAGAUUUUGUUCCAGAAUGGUUUUGGUCUAAAGUGGCAAUACAAGGAAUGACAAGCAUGAAUAUUUCAUUUAAUAAUCUCAAAGGAACAAUUCCUAAUUUCCCCACAGAGAUUACUCCUCACUUUCUAAUUCUUGCAUCAAAUCAGUUUGAAGGCCCUAUUCCACCAUUUCUUAGAGGAUCUGCAUUUCUUGAUCUGUCCCAAAAUAAUUUUUCAGAUUCUUUUUCAUUUUUGUGUGCUAAUGAUUCAAUUGAAGCAUUAGGCCAGCUGGACCUUUCAAAUAAUCAGUUAUCUGGACAAAUUCCAGAUUGUUGGAACCAUUUCAAAUCAUCAUUAGCUUAUUUAGAUUUGAGUCACAAUAAUUUUUCAGGAAUGCUUCCUACUUCAAUGGGAUCGCUUCUUGAACUUCAAGCAUUAAUAUUGAGUAGCAAUAGCUUAACAAAGGAGAUCCCCGUCUCCUUAAGUAGUUGUACAAAGUUAGUAAUGCUUGACUUGGGGGAAAACAGAUUAUCAGGACUUAUCCCUUCUUGGAUCGGGGGCAAAUUACAGAAGUUGCAAAUCUUAAGCUUGAGAAAGAAUCACUUCUCUGGAAGUUUACCAUUACAACUUUGUUAUCUAAAAGGCAUUCAACUCUUGGAUCUCUCAUUGAACAAUCUAUCUGGAAGAAUUCCCAAAUGCUUCAAAAAUUUUACUGCAAUGUCUCGGAAGACUUCCUUAAUAGAUUAUACACAUCAGGGGUAUUCUGUUAGCAUCAGGUCUGUGGGACAAUACAUGAACUACUAUGAUUUGUAUUCAUUAUUGACAUGGAAAGGUGCAGAACAAAUAUUCUUGAAUAAUGAGCUACUGCUUUUGAAAAGCAUUGAUCUCUCAAGCAAUCACUUAUCUGAAGAAAUUCCAAAAGAAUUUGAGAAAUUGUUGGAACUGAUCUCAUUAAAUUUGUCAAGAAACAAUUUGACAGGAGAAAUUCCCUCAAAUAUUGGAAGUCUAACCUCUCUUGAAUUUCUCGACUUAUCAAGAAACAAGAUAUUUGGUCCAAUUCCUUCUAGCCUUACUCAAAUUGACCGGCUUAGCAUGUUAGAUUUGUCACAUAAUCAUUUAUCUGGGGAAAUUCCAAUUGGCACGCAAUUACAAAGUUUUGAUGCAUCAAGUUAUGAAGAUAAUCCUAAUCUUUGUGGGAAGCCACUUGAAAAAUUGUGUGUUGUAGAGAAGCCACCACACGAACUAACAGUUGAAUUUGAUGAAGAUGAAGAUUUCCUUGUUAAGCAUUCAUUUUAUGUGAGCAUGGCAUUUGGAUUUAUUACAGGCUUUGGGGGAAUUUUUUGCUCAAUUCUGGUCAAUCGUACUUGGCGACAAGCUUAUUACAAGUUAUUGAACACCUUAACCGACCAUACUUAUCUCAUGAUAGUAGUGAAAGUUGCAAAAUUGAAAAGGUGGCUCCAGGGCUAG